UCCCGCCCGGGGCGGCGGCGCGGGGAUGGCGGCGGCGAGCGGGGACGCCCGGCUGCAGCUGGAGACGGCGCGGUGGCUGCUCUGGGACAAGGACCCGGAACCGCUCCGUUCGGCCCGUCCUCUUCGCCUCCGGGCAGGGUUCCGUCCCCCUCCCAAGGCCUUGGUUCCAAACACGGUCCCCCGGGAGGGCCCGCCUGGCGUCAGGAGUCUCCCUGAGAACUGGAAGAAUCCUUUGACUUUGGAGACAGUGAAAAGACUAAUAGCGGAAGGCAAUACAGAGGAACUACAGAAAUGUUUCGGGGCCCGAAUGCAGUUUGGGACAGCAGGCCUUCGAGCCGCUAUGGGGGCAGGUGUUUCUCGGGUGAAUGACUUGACCAUCAUCCAGACCACACAGGGAUUUUGCAGAUACCUGGAAAAACAGUUCAGUGACCUGAAGCAGAGAGGCGUGGUGAUCAGUUUUGAUGCUCGAGCUCACCCGUCCAGUGGAGGCAGCAGCAAAAGGUUUGCCCGACUUGCUGCAACCACAUUUAUCAGUCAGGGGGUUCCUGUGCACCUCUUUAACGAUGUAACCCCGACCCCCUUUGUGCCCUACACAGUGUCACAUUUGAAACUUUGUGCUGGAAUCAUGAUAACUGCCUCUCACAAUCCAAAGCAGGAUAAUGGUUAUAAGGUCUAUUGGGAUAAUGGAGCUCAGAUCAUCUCUCCUCACGAUAAAGGUAUUUCUCAAGCUAUUGAAGACAAUCUAGAGCCGUGGCCGCAAGCGUGGGGCGACUCUUUAAUUGACGGCAGUCCACUUCUUCACAACCCCAGUGCUUCUGUCACUAAAGACUACUUGGAAGACCUUACAAAAUACUGUUUCCACAGGAGUGUGAACAAGGAGACCCGGAUGAAGUUUGUGCACACGUCUGUCCACGGGGUGGGGCACGCCUUCGUGCGCUCGGCCUUCGAGGCCUUUGACCUGGCUCCUCCUGAGGCUGUCGCCGAACAGAAAGAUCCCGAUCCGGAGUUUCCGACGGUGAAAUACCCGAAUCCCGAAGAGGGUAAAGGCGUCUUGACUUUAUCUUUUGCUUUGGCUGACAAGACCAAGGCCAAAAUCGUUUUAGCGAACGACCCAGAUGCUGAUAGACUUGCUGUGGCAGAAAAGCAGGACAGGGGUGACUGGAGAGUGUUUUCAGGCAAUGAGCUGGGGGCCCUUCUGGGUUGGUGGCUCUUUACUUCUUGGAAAGAAAAGAACCAGGAUCGCGACGCCCUCAGAGACACAUACAUGUUGUCCAGCACUGUCUCCUCCAAAAUCCUGCGGGCCAUUGCCUUAAAGGAGGGCUUUCAUUUCGAGGAAACAUUAACUGGCUUUAAGUGGAUGGGAAACAGAGCCAAACAGCUAAUAGACCAGGGGAAAACUGUCUUAUUUGCAUUUGAAGAAGCUAUUGGAUACAUGUGCUGCCCUUUUGUUCUGGACAAGGAUGGCGUCAGUGCCGCUGCCAUAAGCGCAGAGCUGGCUAGCUUUCUCGCAAGCAAGAAUUUGUCUUUGUCUCAGCAGCUGGAGGCCAUCUAUGUGGAGUAUGGCUACCAUAUUACCAAAGCUUCCUAUUUUAUCUGCCAUGAUCAAGACAUCAUUAAAAAAUUAUUUGAAGACCUCAGAAACUAUGAUGGAAAAAAUAAUUAUCCAAAAACUUGUGGCAAAUUUGAAAUUUCUUCCAUUAGGGACCUUACAACCGGCUAUGACGAUAGCCAACCUGAUAAAAAAGCUGUUCUUCCUACUAGUAAAAGCAGCCAAAUGAUCACCUUUACCUUUGCUAAUGGAGGCGUGGCCACCAUGCGGACCAGCGGGACAGAGCCCAAAAUCAAAUACUAUGCAGAGCUGUGUGCCCCUCCUGGAAACAGUGAUCCUGAGCAGCUGAAGAAGGAACUGAAUGAACUAGUCAGUGCUAUUGAAGUACAUUUUUUCCAGCCACAGAAGUAUAAUUUGCAGCCAAAAGCAGAGUGAAAUAUUCCAACCCUGGGCAUAGUAACAGUUACUGACAAUUAAGCUGAGUUUGAUUUGUGAAGCACUAUUUUUGAGGGCCAUCUGAUUCAAAUUAUCACUAUAAGUAUUUAUAUUUUUAAGAAAAAUCUGCAUUCCUCAUUAUUUCAUGUUGAUCUUUAAAGUGAAUGAAGAAAAGUUGGCCAAACCUACCAAACCAACAUUCCUACUAAAAUGUUGAGCCUGAGCAUUAUCUGAAUUUUUAUAAAUGAAUAUUUUUAAAAUACUUAACUUUAAAAAUAGAUUAUAAUUAUUUGCCUUAAUUUGCAUAAAUUAUAAAUAUAUGUAUUCUCUGUAAUUGUUUUUAUAUGUACUUGAAAUAGCAGGAAAACCAUGCAGUCACUAAAUUUUGGGCUGUCAUAUGUAGGAUUGUCACGUUUUAGGUUAUGUUUAUAGAUAGAUUUAUGUUUCCAUCAUUCCUUUAUAAAGUAAAAUAAAUGAAAAGACCAAAUAUUGUGUUCAUGUUUGGAUAAAAUACAAUUUGCAGGAACCUAGAAAGUGCAGCAAAAGAUGUUUUAAAAACAGUAAGUUUUUUUGACCCCAAACCUUUUAAUAGCCUAAAACCUAAUAAUAUAUCAUUUUACAUUGUACAUGUGCUAGGGAAAAACAGCUUAACUGUCUUUGUUCAAUGUGUUGAAAUUCAUUUUAUCUUUAUAAAACUUGAAAAACAAACAAUUGGUUACUUGAAACUUGAAAGUAGUUUAUUAUUGAGUUUUUUGCUUUAGCACAAUUUAAUGUAAUUCUUGGUUCAGAGGCAGCAAGUUCUAUGAACAAUAACAAUUUACCUGACUCUGAUUUUUUUCUCUUAUUCCUAUGUGAUCCAAAACAUAAAACCAGAGUUUAUUACAAUAGAUUUCCUAUAAAUAGAUUUCUGUUUAAAUGGUAUAUUGUUUAACCUGUGCCUUCUACCUCCUUAUAAUUCAUGCUCUUACAGCCUUCCAAAAUGCCUCCAUUUGAGCACCCAUGAGCUAGGACCAAACUGUUCUUUAUAUACUUUGUAUAUUUUGUGUCAUUUUCUAUUCUUAAAGCACAUGAUUAUUAUAAUUAUUAUAUCACAGUGAACCUAAGUGGUUACUGACAGUUUGAGAACAAUGACUAUUGACAAUUAUUUUUCUAAAGUAUGGGGAAAACAUGGUUUUGUAUCAGUGACACAUAGAUUGUAUCCUGUCAGAAUUCUUAAAUCUACAGCAUCAGUUUAUCCUACCAAUUGCAUCGUUGUAGAAGCCGUAUUUAUUUUUGCCUUAUAAUGUUUUCCAGUCUCCAGCUGUACUCUGGAGAAACGAAA